AAUAAUGAAAUUAUUGUAUUUAUUAUCCUUAUUUCCAAAAGUGAAGGUUAUGUUAUGAUGUUUGUAGUUCAUUGAUUAAUCUUUUGUUGGGGAGAAUAUUGAGAUUUGUUGAAAAAACCAAAAAUCCUAAUUUUCUUAGGUAAAUUUUGUGAUUAAUGUCAGUGCUAUAUCUACGAACAAAAAUUAUUUAACCCUAGAUUUUAAAAAGGGGUUAAUUUUGAAAAUUAAAAUCUUAGAAGAGGCUAUUUUCGUCCAUUUCCCUUCAAAAGCCCCAACCCCUUCUUUCUUUCCUUUUCCUAAUCUCUUUGUUCUCUCGUACUAUCCCACUCCGCCGAUCGGUGAUGCUCCGCCGGCCCCCAUUUUUCUUCUCUCUUCUCUCUUCUCUCACAGCUUCAUCCUCUUGUGAGGCAUUUGUAGUUUCUCCCAUUCUUCUCAACAAGGUACCAACACCUCACUCUUCCUUCUCUCUUCUCUCACACCUUCAUCUUCUGUAGUUUCUCCCAUUCUUCUUCUCAACAAGGAACCAACAGGUCUGGCUUCCUUCUCCUCCCAGUUCUUUCAGUCAUGUCUAACUUGCUUCGCAGAAUCCUUCUACUUAGAUCUCCAUCCUCAGUAUUUUCUCAUGGAUUUUCCGAAAGUCCGUUGAAAUCUCUCACAUACUUUUCCGUCUCUUCUGAGAUUGUAUCAUCUCCGAAGUCUGCUUCGUUGGCUUCUAAUGCUGUUCGGCUCGAGAAUAAUCGGAAGGAUGUAAUUGCGUUACUUGCGAAUCAUGGAUUCUCUGAAUCACAAAUCUCUGCCCUUGCCAAGAGGUUUCCUCCAAUUUUUUCUGCGAAGCCCGAAAAAACCCUAUUGCCCAAAUUGUUAUUUUUUCAAUCUAAAGGUCUUUCUUCCCCAGAGAUUGUCAGAUUAGUAUGUGCCUUUCCACGUGUUUUAACGAGAAGUUUAGACAAACGACUCAUUCCUUCCUUUGAAUACAUUCAAGCCGUGCUUGGAAGUGAGAAGACUCUCGCUGCCAUAAAACGCUCUGCGGAUAUUCUUUUUUGGGAUUUUCAAAUUUCAGUUGGUCCCAAUAUUGAAAUUCUGAAACAAAUUGGAGUGCCGGAUUCAAAUAUUUUAAAAUAUCUUCAUUACCAGCCUAGAGUGUUCUUGACAAAUUCCAUCCGAUUCAAGGAGACUGUAGAGAGAGUUACGGAAAUGGGAUUUAACCCUCGAGGAUUGCUGUUUGUUAUUGCUGUUUUUGCUCUGCGAUCAAUGACCAAAUCUACAUGGGAUAAGAAGGUUGAAGUUUAUAGGAAUUGGGGAUUGUCUGAAGAAGAGAUCCAUUUAGCUUUUAGAAGGAAUCCAUGGUGUAUGAUAGCUUCUGAGGAUAAGAUUAAUGGUGCAAUGGAUUUUUAUGUCAACAAAAUGGGAUGCGAUUCAUCUUUCGCUGCUAGAAGACCAGUUUUACUUCAACUUAGUUUGAAGAAGAGGAUUUUGCCUAGAGGCUAUGUUUAUCAAGUUUUGCUGUCAAAGGGUUUGAUUAAGAAAACCGAGAAUAUUUGUUUGUUGUUUGAGUCUCCUGAAAAACGUUUCAUAGAAAAAUACAUCAACCCGCAUAAGGAGCAGAUUCCUGGAUUGUUGGAGUUGUAUGAACAGAAAUUAAUGGAUUCUAGGAGAUGAACAGGUUCGAUCUCUUUGAAAUUUUAAUAUUAAACUGUCUUGUUAGUUGAUAUGUGUAGUAGAUCGAGUUGGUAUCUUGUUUGGUAUCCCUAUUUUUGUUAAUCCUUAGUUUGUAUCUUCUUUAUGGC